AAAUAAUAUACGAGGUCGGAGUUCAGUUGUGCAAGAACGAGAAGGCAAUUGUGUGUGAGCCUUUCUCUCUUGACUCCCACGAGGCGGUCCGAAAAUACUUCGGGUAGCUUCGGAGAAUCGAGAGAGAGGGGGCAUGCGUCAGUUUGCCUCCGAAACUCCACGAGCUCAGUUACGCGUGAUCUGGCAUAGUGAGUAGUGCACCCGGUGUUCAAUCUGACAACUGUACAUUCGCCGUGUGAUAAUUUUCAACGAGAACCUAGAUCACCAAGAUGUUCUACCAAUAUAUCGUUAAAGCGAUAUCUCAACGCCAUCUGGUUAUAAUCAGUUUAUACUUAUACGCGCUAGUUUAGAAUUAUGCAGGAUGCGAAACAUCGUAUUAUGUAUUUGGAAAAAGGAAUAAAUGCAUCUUGCUAUCGAAGAUAAUCGUCUUGAGGAAAACACUCUUUAUACUCCAGUUGACUUAAGAAAAAGAUGCAUUCAACGAAUGAAAGGAAUAUUAAACCAUCUUUAAAAUCAUACUUUUACAGGUAUAACAUAACACAAAUUAUAUGGAACCCGAACAAUGAGCAACGUACAAUUUCAAUCUCCAUCAUCAUUUGCUUCAUUCAGCCGCAAUGUCUAGUUCCAUAAGAUCAAAAACAUAUCGCACGCAACUUAGAUCAACACGCAAAAGGAGGUACAAUGGAAAGGAUAUGACUCUAAAACCUUUUGGAUUUUGUUGUUCUGUCGAUAAAUUCGACCCAUUAACGGAAUAUAACAAUCCAAAAUCACUUCAUAAGUCUUUGUUAAUGUCUGUAUAUAGAAUACACGAAAGACCUACUUUGAAAUUUCAAGCACAAUUUGCCGAUUCUUUUGAUUCUGAACAGAGAAAGAGAAAUCCAAAGGCCAAACUCUUGGAUAUCGGAGAUCGUAAACAUAAGAUGUCUACAAAGCAAAGGCAAUUCUUGAGUAGUUUGCAUAAUCCGCAUAAUGAUUCGCAUCCGCAUAUGCGUGCGGGAUCUUCGCGCGAUGAUCUUACGGAUCAACACCAUAUUGAAAACCUGCACGAUAAACAAACAAUACAUCUCCGUCGUGGACCAUUGCAAUGGUAUCUAGAAGAUGAGGUUGCAUUUGCAAAAAAUAUAAUAUGGGAACAGAAACAAAAAUUGUACAACAAAGAAAUGGAUAGAAAUAUCCGUAUUGGGAAACGAAACUAUAAACUUUUUAUGGAAAAGGAAGUAAACACUUAUCCACGAUGGUAUCAAGAUUUUUCCAUCAAUCAAAUGAAAAAUUUAAUGAUGUUGCAAUGUGUCAUGCAUAAAGAUUGCGAAGAAAUGGUAACAGGACGUACGCAAAGAACACUUAUAGCAAUUGGAAUAACGUCUACAUUUUUUGUACUUGCACCAGAUGUCAUUCAAAAAUUGCAUGGAUCUCACAAUUGCAAUGCGAUUGAAUUUUUAAGGGAAAUUUACAAGAUAUUAACAGGAAACUAUUUCGAAGAGGAAGGAUACAGAAAAGUUUACGACUGCAACGAAAGAAUAAUUUUAUCAGCUAUCGCGUUUUUAACUUUGCCAGAAGCUGUAAUCGAAUUGCAUGAAAGAUUACCGCCCGUGAUAAUGCCAAAGUUACCUCCUAAACCUGCACCACCAACACCUCCAGUGAGACAAAAAAUGGGAUCGCCAUACGAAGAAGACCUAUUCCUGUGCCCCGAUUGGGCUUCUUAUUAUAAUCGUUUACAAGACUGGCAAAAACAAUGCGAAUUAACACCAAUACCAAACAUAAUAUUGCCACCUAAAGAUUGCAUUUUAAGAACAUAUCAGAACACAGAAAUUGACUUUGACGUUAGAGGAAACAGAUCUAGCAAAUUUCAGAAUUUUUCUCAAAAUAAUCAACAUAAUACUUCGGUUGAAAACGAACAAGAAAAGAACAUUUCUACCAAUACUUCGGUUAAAUUAGGAAAGAAAAUGUUUGCUAAUACUUCCAUGAAUAAUCCUUCUAAUAAUCCUACUAAUAAUCCUAUUAAAGGAAAGCAAAAGGCUAGUGUCUCUAACAAAAAAAAAUACAAUAUAGAUGAGAAAGAUAAACAAUUGAAUUUAGUAAAUAGUACGAUAAGUACAGAAGAACGUGCUUUUGAUAGUCCACGAUUGCCCAAUGGAAGCAAAGUAUUCGAUUUCACGAUCAACGGAAUCAGCGAACAACCAGGACCAGUCGAGUACAAAAUAUGUGGAGUUCUACAACCACCUCAGCCGAAUAAAAAAUCCUGGCUUGGCGAGAAACAUGCACAUUACAUUAUAUCUGGCGCGGCCGACGAUCCACCAACGUGUCCGGUAACUUAUGAAAUGACCGGUGUGGCGAAUGUAACGCCGACUAAUAGCAACGAAAGGUUCUUUGCUGUACUGAAACUUGGAGACGGGGAUAAGAAAAUUUAUCCAAGCGGCAGGGAGAAGCUAUCCCCGAAGUGGCAAGAAUGGUUGCAGAACGCCGACGAAGAGUUUCGAGGAGUGGAAAGAGAAGCAAAUCGAUUGAUAAAAAGUAUAGAGGCUAUAACAAGGCUGGUGUUUCCAGGGCCUACGUGCGAUAGCUGUUGCUCUUGCAGGCAGACUAGGAAGUCAUAUUUUAAAGCAAAGGAAACUAAAUCGCCUUAUUUCGUGAUAGACACUAUAGCCGAAGAUAAUAACAAGAACAAAUGUAUCGUAGGAUCUAUGGCGAUGCAUUCUCCAGCGCCAACUCCUCCAGAAUCGACGGUUAAUUUGUUGGAAUAUAUAGCCUCGGAAGAUGUUCUGCAAACGAAUGUUCUUAUAAAUGGCGUCACAAAUGAAAAAGGCGAAACGCAGUACUUUAUCUCCGGUGUGAAAGAGGAUAUCGUAAGGGUGCCAGGUCGUGUCGUUGAACAUCCACCGCCAAGACCACCCAGAAAUGUUCCAGCAUGCGUAUGCGCGAUUCAGCAGAUAUUCAGUAAAGGUUUGGAUUCGAAUGUGAGCCACGAUCACAUACCAUGGACGAAAGAGGACGGUUUGUGUUUUGGUAAAAAAUUCAGACCCGACGAGGCUCCUGCUUUCUCCUGUAAAAUGUAUCCCGGAGAUAAAUCGUGCAGAAGGAACCCGUUUAUGCAUGAGAUAUUAAAAUUAAAGAGAAGAGCGGAGAGAGCGAAACAGAAAGCACUGGAGGUUGCUUCCCCGAAAGAAAAGAAGAUGUACAGUAUCGCAGAUUUUCAACCAUGCGGUGAUGAACAUGGCAUGGGUAUUUGUGGGGGGCCGUGGGGUGCAUUGCACACUUUAACACCGGAAGAAUUAGCAGAGCAGGAAAGAUUGCGGAAAGAGAUAUUGAAAGGUCCUCCGUGCGGAAUAAGACCUGGACGAGCUGUCUGCGAAGGACCUUUCGGCGAGCGAAUACCGCUAAAAUUGCAAGUUGGAAUAGAAGAAAUUCCGGGAGAAUUCGACGAAGAGGAUCUUGAAGAUGAAGAAGAGACGGAAGCGAAACCGGAAAAAGCUCCUGACGAAGUUAAAAAGAAAGAGAAGAAGCGAGAUAAGAAAUGUCACAUGAGUCCAGAGUCUAUAGCGGUCAGAGAAAAGGUAGUGGAGAAAAAAGUGGAAAAAUUCAUCCCUGAUCCUACCUAUCCUGGCUAUGACGAUCCGUGGAACAUAUUUCGUACAGCACCGUCGGAAAAGGAAUCUGAAACAGAUUUUAAAAAGUUAUUGAAACUCAGUUCUCCAAAACUACCAACGAAACCUGUAGAAACUAAACCAUUGGUAAAUGAACAGGAUGAAGUUCAACCAUCUUCGCCUCAGAAAGAUGUUUCAAAACCUGUUAUAAAAAAAGAUAACGCGAAAGUACAUCCCAGAGAUUCAAGAAAAAGGUCUCCGGACCCUAAACAAGGAAGCCUGACUGCAGAAAUGCCGAGAAAACGUGUACCUGAGAAACUUGGAAGCGACAAAAAAAUGAUCAAGAAAGGACCGCAAUUGAGUGAUAAAGGAGGCGCUCAAGAACCCUUUCCAAAAUCUGCAAAGACUGAAAAAAUACUUGACAAAGCAAUGGGAAGUAAAAUAAUCGAUAAUAAAUCUUUAGAAACAAAAGGAAGAAAAAAUAAAGUGAUAAAUGACAAAACUAUGUCGUCUAGAAAUUUUAAAAUGAGGAGUGAAUUUAAGCAAACCAUUGAGAACACGACAUCGAAAUUUAAACUGGAAAAGACUGGUUCGUUUCCUACAAAAUCGAGCAAGAAAUUUAAUGGAAAGUCUAAACGGGACGAAAGGAUAAUAUCAAGGAAAUCAAACGAUAAUAAAACCAGAGUCAGUGAAAAGACAGCUACUCGCCACGUUACUCGCCAAAAAUUAAAUAAAAAAUCUAAAAGAAGAUCUAAUAAUACAAUGAAUAUUGAAAUUGAUAAACGAGAUAGGGAGAAGGUAAAAAUAAAAAAAUUAAACCGAAAACAAAUUCUAUCGACGAGUACUGGCAGAAGAAAGAUAAGCAAAUCGCUCAAUUCGAGAAACGUAUCCGUAAAACGAGAUAGAAAGAAAGACGUAGAAAUUGUUCAGGGCAGUGACAUUGAUCCGAGGAAACAAAUACUGAAUUUAAAAGCCAUGCUAACAUCCUCUGAACUGUAUCCUCACGACGUUAAACCGGUAGAUCUUCCUGAAGAACCACCGAGAAAAUGUACAUUGGAAUACGAUGAUACAGAAGACACAAAUGGUUCAAUAAAAAUUGAAAAAGAAUCAGAUACUCAAUUACCGAGCAAAGGACCUUGCGGUUGGAAAACAAAGUCGGAACAAGAAUUGCCGACAAAAAAGACUUUAGUUUAUCUGACUGAACCGGAUUAUCCUCCAGAAACGAUACCAGUACGGCCAGGAGGAAAACCGUGUAUUUGCCGUGAAAAUAGGAACAAGAAGAAAGUACUAUUGUACAAUAUUGGUGGGUUUUUGGGCGGGAAAAAAGACGACCAAGAAGCGGAAAAGUUACUCAGAAGAAAAAAAGACGAGGUCGAAAAGAAAAUGCAAGUUAUAGAUGGUGUUAUUUAUUACACACCGCCGCCAAGUCCACGGAGAAGCGACGAAUAUGUACCUGAAUACGAUCUUUACGAAUCUCCGUACGACAUGUGCCUCACUAAUCGUAAACACUCGAGUCUAAAAUUCCUUAAAGAACACAGCGGACCGAAGGAUUUAAUAUUAAAAGCAUUCAAACACAAUGUAUCCUGCGGUUGUAACGAAUAUGUAGAUGUGUAUGAUAAUCAGACUCCAAAUCGAGACGACGAAGAAAAAGAAACGAUAAAAGAAUUUGAUAAAACUAGACAAACAUUGAUAGAAGCAAAGCCACAAAAGGAACGAUGGAAAUUAGCACUUAAGGACACAGGAUUGAUCGAUUACUUCACGCGAUGCAGAGAUAGUAUGCCUUGUUGGUUGAAAUGUAAGAAGUUUAAUAGAGUAGGCUGCAAAUUACCACGGCCAAGACUUAAAAUAAAAAGACCAGUCUGCGAAUGUAAAUAUGAGAGAAAGAUACUUGAACAGAAAGAGGAAAAGAUGAAAUGGAAAGAACGUCGGCAAAGGCUGAAAUCUUUAAAGAAACAACCGUUCAUGAAUAUCGUGGAUACUUCAAAACCAGUGGUGGUGGAUACAAAAUUGAUGAUAUCGGGUGUAAAAAGAAUUCCAAAAGAAGACGAAUACAUAGACGAUGUUAAGUAUUGUAUAACUGGUGUUUCUGAAAAUUAUACCGAAUUACCACCUGAGCCUGUAAUGGGUGGUGUACAAAUGUCUACACCUAUACAUACACCCGAACCAAGUAUCGAAGAAGUACCAUGCGUGUGCCUCCAUCGACACUGGUCACCCACGAAUAUUCCCCCUGGUCCACUACCAACACCAGAAGAAAUUAUGCUUGCAGAAAAGAAACGAAGACAAAAAGCUGCGGAAGAAGCGUAUAAACAAAUUUAUGCUCCCCUAGAAAUAUACGAUACGCACGGUGGUCAUAGUUGUAAAGAGACUUGUAAUCCAAAUUCUGUUCCAGAAAACGAUGAAAGUAUAGAAAAUAGUAGUAAAAACACAACAGAUAACGAGACUAAAACCAGUGUAAAAUAUCCUGUUAAGCAGACGAAACAACAGUUACGAAAUAAAAAUAAAUUGGUCGUUAACGAUCCAGUAAUGCAAGAGAAGCUGAAGAAAGAUAAAGAUGUCAGAAAUGAACCAAAUGUACAAAAAACUUCACAUAAUCCUCGAAAGCCCGAAUAUAAACGAACAGAAAGGAAUGCACAAAAAAGUUCAUAUAAUCCUCGAAAGCCCGAAUAUAAACAAAUAGAAACAAAUGUACAAAAUAGUUCGUACGUUUCUGAAAAGCCUGAUCACGAAGAGAUUGAAACCAGUUUGGAAAAAUCGUUGCACAAUUCUAAAAAAUCUUGGUACAAAGAAGUAACUGCGAAAUCAAACACAGAACAGAUUUCUGAUACAGAAAACAAUGAAAGUUCUGACGAUACUGAAGUUGAUGUGAUGACGAUAGCUCAGAAUGAAUUAAAGAAAAUGGCAACAGAAGGAUUUCUUUUUGCAAAACUACCAAAAUGUUUCUUAAUGCCACAGUUGCAAUAUUGGUUGAUGUAUAGACAAGGAAUUGCUAUUGACAAUAUAGAUAAAGACAAUUCAGUGCACAAAAGUGUCAUGAUGUGGAAUGUGCUAGAUGUAAGAAAGUCAUCAAAAGUCGAACCCCCGUCGUUAAAGCUAACAAAAGUCGAGCUUCGAGAAUUGACUUUUGAUCGUGCAGAGGAAAUGAAAGAAAAGAUCGAAAAGAAGAAAGAAAUAUUUUACAGUAAAGUUCGUAAGGAACGCGUUUUGUAUUCGCGGUCGAUGUGGAACACGGUAGACUAUGGAAAAUUUCCUUCAAUGUCCUUCAAGGAAGCAUAUUUUACCUACAUGGCUAACAGAGAGGCGGAUGGUCACGUUUAUAAACCGUGGCUUUCUUACGAAGUAUGCGAUAUGACGAAUUAAAGAAAUCGUAUUAAAAUGUUUU